AUGCGUGAGAUUCUUACUUUGCAACUAGGCCAACUGGCAAACUUUGUUGGCACACACUAUUGGAAUGCACAGGAAGCCUAUUUUAACUAUGGCAAUGACACUAAACCAGAUCUUCUCGAUCAUGAUGUUUUGUAUCGUGCCGGUAAAACACCGACGGGCAUUGAGACAUAUACACCGCGUGUGUUGAUUUAUGAUCUCAAAGAUUGCUUUGGGUCAUUGCAAAAGUAUAAUCGUCUUUUUGAGUCUGAGGAAUCCACCAAAAUAGCAUGGGAUGGAGGAGUCAAUACAAUUACUACCAAAACAUAUGAAAAAAACCCUUAUCAGCAGCAGUUAGAUCGUAUGGAAGAGGAUCCUAGUCAUACAGACAUGGAUGUAGAUGCCGUAGACAAACUCGACCACACGGUUAAAGUUUGGUCCGACUUCAAUCGCAUUUAUUACCACCCUCGAUCCAUGAACCCAAUUGUAACCCAUCAGGCUGAAAGUACACUUACUCCAUUUGACAGCUACACUGCCGGAAGGAAAGCCUAUACAGAUAAUGAAAAGGUCGGUCUAUUUGCUGCUCAAGAAGAAACGUCUAUAUUUGAAGACAAUUUCCGCUUCUUUGUCGAAGAAUGCGAUCAAUUACAAGGAUUUCAAAUAUUUACUGGUGUUGAUGAUGCUAUGGGUGGCUUUACCGAAGGCCUUUUGGAUGACAUUCGUGAUGAGUUUCCUAAGACUACUGUAUUAACAUACGGGCUGUCAGAUACCACACGUAAUCCAUCGGCAGAGAGAGCACGUCAGAAAGAAACCCUCAAUCGUGCAUUUUCUAUUGCCAGACUUACCAAACUAUCCUCUCUAUACGUACCUCUUUACACACCCACACCCAAGCGUAUGGCUUAUUCAUCCCGGAGUCCUUACAUCCAUCCCAAGUCUCACAAGGCCUACCAGUAUGAACUGAUGUACCAUACAAGUGCUAUUCUGUCUACGGCUAUCGAAACUGCCUCAUUGCCUUAUAGACUUAAAAAGAAUGGAACCAGUUUGAGUGAGAUGGUUUCUCGCCUUAACUGGCAUGGAAAUACUUACGUUGGUGGAUUGGAAUCUGUCUUACCAUUGCCAAUCGUCCGUACUGGUUAUAAUGAUACCUUGGAAACAAAUAAUGUUCUCCCAAUCAUAGAUCACUCUGCUCCUUCAUUAAGUGUUCUUGCUGAUAAAAAGAAAGAAGAAACCUUUGGCGAAUACAUUGUCACUCGCGGUUUGCCUAGUUUUGAUUCAAGAUAUUUUGUGGAUCUUGCUUACCCUUUGAUCGAUUCUUAUCCCCGUUUCUUCUCAUCCAACAUUAGCCAAGAUGGACUUUUAACACCUUAUACUAAUAGUGAGCCUCCAAGAAGUGUUCCUACCUUGACCCGUCUUGCUACGGGAUCCAAGGUGCGGCUUGGUAUGGAGCACCGGAUCGAGUCUAUAAAUUCAAUUUCCUUUAGCGAUUUCUUUGAAUUUUCCGAGGGUGAGAACGGAUUUGGGCGAGAAGAUUAUCUGGAGAUGAAAGAGGAUAUGAUUACCCUUUCGGACUCCUAUAGUUGUGAUGAAGACAUGUAA